AUUUGAUGUAACAGCAUUUCUAUUGUUUGGUGCAUGGUUAAUUUGUGUGUAGGCAGUGCACGGGAAGCACAGGAUAUGAGGGGUGGGGGUAGUGAGGUCUAUUCUUAAGUAGUGCAAAGAGUAUAAACUGAUCCGUCGAACAUUAUUAAAAAUUGUCCUUGCUGAUCCCCUUCCAGAGAUAUGCCAUUGUUUCGAGUCAAGCGAAACGAGUAGGCCUACCAUUUUUUAUUUUUUUAUUUAGGAUCGAAGUGUUGUUUAUACUAAUACUACGAUAUGGAAAUCAAAUGUUGUUUUCCUUUCAUACACACAUAGGAUUGUCAGAUGAGUUGCUGUUCAGUUUCCUGUCUUAUUUACUGAGCCUUUUAAUUAUUUUCCUGUAUUUGUAGUGCCCACACGUGCCCCGACCAGUUCCCGCCCACCUUCCCUUCCUCACCGAGCUGUCAUAACAAGAAGCUGCGUGACUCAUGACUUGCACUAUUCACGCAGUCGUUGUACUUGGCGUCUCUCUCAACUUACGGAUUCUUCCUUCUCAUGAGCAGCGGACUGCGGCGAGAGGUGGGCGUCAGCGUGUGCUGUGUUCUGUGUUCGUUACCUGUGCGGUCAGGAAACCAUCGCACCUGUCAGUUCUCGUGCGUUCCUCUCCCAGUUCGCAUUGCACUCUUCCCUUCAGCCGCACAUUUGAUCAGGCACAUCUGCUUCUCGUAUUGAUGUAUUCAUUCUUUUCUUCUCUGAGGCGACUGUAGUCUCCUUCUCCAAUUCCCGCCUAUGAGCCACUCUCCAACAUAAUAUUUCUUUCAAUCGUUUAUCAAUCCUUUUUCUAUAGCACACUUAGAGCAUGCAAUAUGUGAUAUCAAUCUAACCAUGAACACUUAUCUUAUGAAGUGCAUAGUGGUAUUGCACUACAGGUCACUUGUCAUAUUGCUUUACUGCGUGCGACACAAGAAAUAUUCGACGCCCUUAAGAACAGUAAGUUCUUAGUCCAUAACAACGUUCCGAUCAAGGAGACCACAACACCUUUGUUUUUGGCACUGUGCUUCCGCUGAAUACCCUCACACAACGACUGGAAAGCAAAGCCCCAACAGCAAUCAUGGCCAGGACGAGGCACGGGUGUCUCACGCUGGUGGUGCUGGCGGUGCUGGCGGCGUCGGGAGACACACACGGGGAGCUCGGGGACGUGCACACCUCAGCUGCCUCGGUGGCCCGCCUGGUGGAGGCCGAGCAGACCGUCGUGGCCGCCCUACAGGACUACCUGGCCCGCGAGGAGGCUCGUCUGGAGGCCAUCAGAGGCUACAUCGCGGGCUGGCGCGGCGGCGCGGCGGACUACGUGCACAACCCCCUCAACAGCUACUUCUUCCUGUGGCGCCUCACCAAGGAGUUCCCCGCCGUGCUGGACGCCCUGGACCCGACCCCCACGGAAGAGCUGCGGCAUAACCUGUCGUCGCUGCGCGGCGGCGUGGAGGUGCCCAGGGAGGCAGACCUUAACGGAGUGGCCUUCGCCCUGGUGCGCCUGCAGGACACCUACAACCUCACCGUGGAUGACCUAGUCCAGGGGGACAUUUGGGGCAGGAAGGCCGUGCACGUGCUUUCAGCGGACGACUGCUUCCGUUUGGGUCAGCAAAGCUUCAACAACCUGGAGUUUGGCCUCAGCGAGCAGUGGUAUAACAAGGGGCUGGCGCUGCUGGCGGGGCAGCAGCCACUCACGCAGGAGGAGCAGCAGAGGAUAGAGCGAGUCAGCCGCCAGCAGGAACACCGCGCCGUAAUGAGCAAGAUGGUGACACAACUGGCGCAGCAUUCAGACGGACACAUCCAUGACCGCUUCUCCGGGCUGGGCCUCCCCAUCUCCUUCCAGCAACAAGUGUACGCCAACCACGAGGGGGCAGACUCGGUGAAGCUGCUCAAUGACCUCUACCGCCGCCUGUGUCGCGGCGAGGAAGUUCAGCCUCCACAGGCGUUCAUCGGCCUCAAGUGCGGCUACGUGUUCGGGAGCUCCGCCUACCACCGCCUAAUGCCCUUCAAGGCGGAACUGCGGUGGGCCGACCCGAUCAUCAUUGUGUACCACGACGCCCUGACGGAGGCAGAGACGGAGGUCCUGAAGCGGGUGUCCAUGCCCCGCCUGGCCACCACAAUGGUCCACUCUUUCACCACUCACCAGGUCCGCAAGUCAUUGGCCAGGGUGGGCAAGACGGCGUGGGUGCGGCGAGGGGACGACGCCACGGUGGACGACAUCCUGCGACGCAUCGAGCACAUGACGGGCCUCACCACCGCCACCGCCGAGGACCUGCACGUGCUCAACUACGGCAUCGGCGGCCACUACGACGCCCACGUGGACUUCUUCGAUCUCGAAGAUAAAGCUAUGGACAAGACGCCUCAUCAGGGGGACCGUCUGGCCACGAUGCUCUUUUAUCUGAACGACGUGGAGGCUGGCGGGUCAACGGUGUUCCCGACGGUCGGUGUGGAGGUUGCUGCCCGGCGCGGCUCGGCACUGUUUUGGUUCAACCUGAAACGCAACGGACGGGGAGACUACCGCACCGUCCACGCCGCCUGCCCCGUGCUGCUGGGCGAGAAGUGGAGUGAGUGGGCUGCCCUGUGUGUGUGUGUGUGUGUGUGUGUGUCGCAGAAGUCUUCCACGGGGCAUGCAGUGAAAUGGCUCAGCAAAACAAUAAUGAUGAGAUGAAAAUGACGAUGAAGAUGGCAACAGUAGUAGUAGUAGUAGCAGUAGUAGUAGUAGUAGUAGUAAAAGUAGUAGCAGUAGUAGUAGUAGUAGUAACAGUAGUAGUAGUGGUAAUGGUAGUAGUAGAAAUAAUAGCUGUUGUAGUAUCAGCGGUAGUAAAUUAACAAAACGUAACAAUGGAACUUCAACUAACAUAUUUACAGGUCCAUAAGAAGACAAAACUGAACCAUGCACAACAAUGGGUCGUCAACUAACCAGACAA